GAGGAGACAUGGAGUCGGACCUGGAGCUCGAGCUGGAGGGAAAAGAGCACCCAAGAAACCUGAUUCCAGAACUCUGCAAGCAGUUCUAUCAUUUAGGCUGGGUAACCGGGACUGGUGGAGGCAUCAGCCUGAAAUAUGGGGAUGAGAUCUAUAUUGCUCCAUCAGGUGUUCAGAAGGAGAGGAUCCAGCCUGGUGACUUGUUUGUCUGUGACAUAAAAGAACGUGACAUCUCUGGCCCUCCACUCUGGAAGAAGCUGAAGAAAAGCCAAUGCACCCCCCUUUUUAUGAAUGCCUACACCAUGCGAGGAUCUGGAGCAGUCAUCCACACACACUCCAAAGCUGCUGUCAUGGUGACUCUCCUCUUCCCAGGAAAGGAAUUUCAAAUUACACAUCAAGAAAUGAUUAAAGGAAUCAGGAAAUGUCGGUCUGGAGGCUGUUACAGAUAUGAUGAGCUGCUGGUGGUUCCUAUCAUAGAGAAUACCCCAGAGGAAAAGGAUCUGAAGGACCGAAUGGCACGUGCCAUGGAGGAAUACCCAGAAUCCUGCGCUGUACUGGUUCGGCGCCAUGGCAUCUAUGUAUGGGGGGAGACGUGGCAAAAUGCUAAAACGAUGUGUGAGUGCUACGAUUAUCUGUUUGAUAUAGCUAUACAAAUGAAACAAUGCGGCCUUGACCCAUCUCGCCAGCCAGUGAAAGAAAAGGGCAUUGUCUAGGAUAGCUCUAUCAGGAAAUACCUGUGGUCAGUUGCAGAGCUACACUGUAAAUCUGAAGACUUGUGCUCAUAUGACUCUAUGAACUUUACAACCUGUCCUACUAUACGUACAGAGCUCAUCUACAGCACGGGUGAAUAUUCACACUGAUGUCAGAUAUCCAUGUGUGGAUUGUUUCAUGCAACCUUUGCCAUGGUCUCCUAAUCACUGACAUUCAGACUCAACAAAAUUGAAUAUUUUACAAUGACUCAAGUCCAAAGAUUGCGCUCUGGCGUAAGCGGUAACAAAACUCUUAUUAGGAGCAUCUAUCCCAAGUCCUUUGCAUUCAAUUAUUAUGCAGGUCACUCUUUAGGGAAAGUAGUCAGUAAGUUCUUUUCUCCAGGUAACUUUAACCGAGAGCAUAGCUUAGUGCUAAUGGUACCGCAUGGUAAAUCAGUCUAAUUCUCAGGUUAAUUAUCUGGGAAAAGAAACAAGAUUGAUGUCAUCUCAGCUGGUGGAGAUUACCUUCAAUCAGUUCAUAUCUCAGUGAUGGUGACAGUGAAACUAUCAGGCUGUCAUGAAACCCUAUCUGUUUCUUCGCCGUCCUUGCCUGGUCUGGCCUACAUCUGUCGACAGACCCAUAGCAAUAUGGUUGUCUCUUAACUACCCUCUGAAAUGGCCUUGUAAGCUGGUAAAUUAUAGAACCACUACAGAAAAGUUGAACAAGAAUAAAACCAGGAUCAACCCAGACUCUGGAAAUGAUAAAGGCACACCCUUCCCCGUCAACCCUCGGUUGUUCUCACCAUUAACUUGGGGCCUGCACCAAAAUUGAGAGAGCUGCCCCACAGCCCAUUCAAGCACGUAUAGAAUUAUACCUUAGAGAAACUGUCACAGACUCCUCCGUCAGAUUUUAGCCAUGAUGGAAUUGGUUUGGGAGACCUCAACACUGACUUCAGAACCCAUGACAUCUCAUGAGGUCAGAUCAGAUGUGACCAAGGAAAGGAAACCUCCUCCUGAUUGCCACCUACCUGUCCAUCACCAAGAUUGACUGAGCUGGUGAAGUCCUAAAAGACACCUCUACCAAACCAGGCGGUUGAAGAGCCAACAAGAUGGAAAAACCUACAUGGCCUCACGUUCUUCGAUUUCCCUGUCACAGAUGCAACUGUGAGUGCAAUGCACAGUCUUUGCGAAGAUUGAAGUCCCACCUUCACCGAAGGUUCAUCCCCCCCCCCCGCCACCCCCAGACUUGUUUCAAGGAUAGCAGGACUGUCCUAUGAGGAGAAAUUGGGAAAACCAGGCCUGUGUACUGCAGCACUUCAAAUUUGACUUCAAUUGAAAUCUGGAAUUAAGAGUCUAACGAUGACCAUGAAACCAUUGUUGAUGGUUGAAAAACCCUUCUGGUUCACAAACAUCUUUUUAGGGAAGGACAUUUACCUGGUCGGGUUUACAUGUGAUUCCAGACCCAUAGCAAUGUGGUUGACUCGUAACUGCUGUCUGGGCAAUUAGGAUAGGCGAUAAAUGCUGGGCAAAAGUGAGGACUGCGGAUGCUGGAAACCAGAGUUUAGAUUAGAGUGGUGCUGGAAAAGCACAGAAGGUCAGGCAGCAUCCGAAGAGCAGGAAAGUCGACGUUUCGGGCAAGAGCCCUUCAUCCAGAAUAAAGCUGGCCUAGCCAGAGACACCCUCAUCCCACAAAUGAAUUUUUAAAAAUAAAUAAGUAAAACUUCCAGCAUCUUGGAGUUGCCAUUGGCCAUAAAUUGUGAUGAGUCAGUAGAAUAUAUAUACUGUGGUUAUGAUUCUUCAAAUCCUGUCCUCAAUCUCCAAGUUAGGGGUGUGAUGGAACACUCUUCAUUUACCUGGAUAAGUUGCAUCUUCAACAAUCCUCAAAAAAAACCUAAUACCAUUCAGGAUAAAGCAACCCACUGAUGAGCAACCCCCAACCAUCUCAACUCACAGUGGCCGUAGUGCGUACUUUCUGAGUGUCACUGUCGCAACUUGCUAAGUCCCUUUUGACAGCACCCCCCAAAACCAUGACGUUUGCCACCUUAACCGACAAGAGCAGCAGGUGCAGUGGAACCACACUGUCAGUAAGUGCCCUGUAAGCCUUUAAUCAUCCCGACUUGGGACUAAUUUGUCACUGGAUUAAAGCCCAAGAACUCCCUUCAUAACAGCUCUGUGGUUACAUCACACAAGCCGCAGUGGUUCAAGAAUGCACCUUUUAAAGAUUUGAAUAAGAGAUUCUAGAAAUGCCAGCAAUGCCCAUACCUUAUGAAAGAUAAAUCACUGGUUUAACAUUAAGCUAAAACUUAACUGAAAAUUCAACUAUAGUUUCACACAUGCAAAUACUGAAUCUUUCUGAAUUGUUACGAUGCGUGUUGU